AUGACAGUUGAAAAUUUUUUAAAUACUAUACAAAAUUCUAACACAUUCAAUACAUCCCAAUCAACACCAAACGAGUUAAAUUCUCUAGAUUAUUCAGCAUGGUCUCAGGCGAAUUAUUUUAAUUCAUUCUUACUUUCUAAUACAACUCAAUCUCUUAUCUAUCCAUCUUCCCAACAACAAUCUUCUUUUCAUUCAAAUAUCAUUUUCCCAGAAGAAACUGAAUCUUUAGAAACUUCUAAUACAAUUGAUAAAGAUGUAUAUAAAGAAGAAAAUAGCAACCAAACAUCAAUAGAAAAAAAUUGUGAUGUCAAAAAUGUUAUGUCAAAAAAUAAUGAUGACAAAAAUGAUACAAAAAUGUUAUUAGAAACUGGAUGUAUUAAAACAAAAUACAAUGAUUUAUCCAUCAAUCUUGCCGUAGAAAAUUUUAAAACUUCUUCACAAAAUGAUCAGCAAUACUCAGCGGAUGCAGGUUAUCCUCCCUCAAAUAGUGGACCUUCUUCCGAAAUGUAUGGAUCUGGUGUGCCGUCAGUAGAUCCUUCAUCUCAACAAACACAUACAAAUUUUUUUCAAAAUCAAAUGGUCCCACCUUCAUCUGUUGGUUCUGGAAUGCCUUAUGGUAAUACAAAUCAACAACAAGGAAUUAUGAUGCCAAAUACUCCUCUUGAUGAACAAAUGAAACGUGAUAAAGAAGCUAUAUAUGGUCAUCCAUUAUUUCCUCUUCUAACAUGUCUUUUUGAAAAAUGUGAAUUAGCUACAUGUACACCUAGGGAUUGUAUGCGUGAUGGAAGUCAAUCUAAUGAUGUCUGUUCAUCAGCAUCAUUUAAAGAUGAUUUAAUGGAAUUUUCAAAAAUGAUUCAAACUAAAAAACCAUAUUAUCAACCUAAUCCGGAACUUGAUAAUUUGAUGCUUCAAGCUAUACAAGUGUUGCGAUUUCAUUUACUAGAAUUAGAAAAGGUACAUGAAUUAUGUGAUAAUUUUUGUCUUCGUUAUGUUACAUGUUUAAAAGGAAAAAUGCCAAUGGAUAUUGUUGGAGAUGAAAGGUCUUCAUCAACACAGCCUUCAAUUUCACCUGCUACAACACAAGGUUGUUCAAGUCCAGCAAAUAUUCCAACACCAUUAUCACAUCAACCUAUGUCAAAUAAUCCAAGUUAUUAUAAUCCAGGAUCUAAUACUAAUAAUGAUAGCAGUACAACAAAUACUUCACAUGAGGUACCAGCUUCUGGAUCAUCGGGGUUUCAUGAAUUAACUAAUCAACAUGUAAAACAAGAACACCCUUUAGUGAUGGGCGGGACGCCAGCUAAUAUUUCUAUGCAGCAUGCCGGUGGCGCCCCACAGCCUUCAUCUCAAAACGGCAACUCUCCGAAUUCAGGAAUAGUAAAUAAUUCAAAUACACAGUCCGGAAGUAGUACGAUCUCAACAACUCCAUCAACAACGGGAAAUAAUGAUGCACCUAGUGAAACAGGCGACGAUGGUCUUUCUGUUUGUGAUUCAUUAAAUGGUGACGGUCGAGAAUCUGUCUCUAGUGAGGGUAACAGUAAUUCACAGACGAAUGGCUCAAAUGGAAAUGGGAAAAGAAAAGUACCAAAAGUGUUUUCAAAAGAAGCUAUAACUAAAUUUAGAGCUUGGUUAUUCCAAAACUUAACGCAUCCAUACCCUUCUGAGGAACAAAAAAGACAAUUGGCUAAUGAUACAGGACUUACUAUUUUACAAGUAAACAACUGGUUUAUAAAUGCAAGACGUAGAAUAGUACAACCAAUGAUAGAUCAAAAUAAUCGUGCUGGUCGGUCACCUCAUGUUAAUGUUUUUAAAAAUCGUAGAAGAAAAAGUAGUGGACAAUCUCCUGGUCCAUCUCCAGAUCUUAUUUCAAAUCCAUCAUCAAACUAUUCACCUGAAAACGGGCAAAAUCCUCAAUUAAUUCCUCAAAUGGGACUUCAAACGGCAUACAAUACAGCUAAUGGAAUGUUUUCUGCGACUCCAUACACAUCUACAAUGCCUUCUUUCAAUCCUACUUUUACAUCACAAGUAUUUAUGCCUAAUGCUAUGAUGAAUCCAUAUACAAUGCCUCAACAAGCUAUGAGUCAAAAUUUUAUUGAUCCUUUUCAAAUAAAUAAUGGGCAAACUACAAUACAUAGAGAAUAA